UUAAUAUUCAUCUUAUAUUCAUCGGAUUGAUCUCACACAAGAAGUGCAGUCUGAUGUACUGUGAUGGAAUCGAUAAACCAGUGCCACUGCUGCCUGCAGCGGCCUCCGGCAAAAGAUUUGAGGACGCCGUACACUCGUCACGGCAUAACGGAGAUAUACUCGCUCAUGAUCGAAGAGUGCUUCGUGAUCAAAUUGACAUCGAGCAAUGAUGACCAGAGUGGUAUCUGCGAGGAGUGUUUGAGGCUCCUGCGGGAGGCGAGCUCCUUCAAGAUGCAGGUGCUGCGCUGCCAGACCGAGCUGCGGGGGAGGCUCGAGGCAGCACUGAGAGUCAAAGCCGAGAAAGUGUUGGAUGAACCUCCUGAAGAUGACCCGUGCAGCGGGGUCCCCGAGGCUUCUUUACACGAGGAGGGCCCGGCCCCGCCUUGUAAAGAGGAGCCCCGAGACGAAUAUAUGUCACCUCCAGGUGAGGAGAGCCCGGCCCCGCCUUGUAAAGAGGAGCCCCGAGACGGAUAUCUGUCACCUGGCGAGUACGAAGUUAGCUCAGCGCCUCUACCCUCGCGAGCUGUUCAACAGCUCACGCUAGGGUGCUACGUGAAGCUCAAGCGCCUCCGCGACACACCGCGUGCGAGCACGCCGUGCCCCGUGACGUCACACCGCGAGAGCCAGCCGUGCCCCGUGACGUCACACCGCGAGAGCCAGCCGUGCCCCGUGACGUCAUACCGCGAGAGCCAGCCGUGCCCCGUGACGUCACACCGCGAGAGCCAGCCGUGCCCCGUGACGUCAUACCGCGAGAGCCAGCCGUGCCCCGUGACGUCACACCGCGAGAGCCAGCCGUGCCCCGUGACGUCACACUGCGAGAGCCAGCCGUGCCCCGUGACGUCACACCGCGCGAGCCAGCCGUGCCCCGUGACGUCACACUGCGAGAGCCAGCCGUGCCCCGUGACGUCACACCGCGCGAGCCAGUUGCGGGAGUACCUCAAGCCGUGCCCCGUGACGUCACACCGCGCGAGCCAGCCGUGCCCCGUGACGUCACACUGCGAGAGUCAGCCGUGCCCCGUGACGUCACACUGCGAGAGCCAGCCGUGCCCCGUGACGUCACACUGCGAGAGUCAGCCGUGCCCCGUGACGUCACACUGCGAGAGCCAGCCGUGCACCGUGACGUCACACUGCGAGAGCCAGCCGUGCCCCGUGACGUCACACUGCGAGAGCCAGCCGUGCCCCGUGACGUCACACUGCGAGAGUCAGCCGUGCCCCGUGACGUCACACUGCGAGAGCCAGCCGUGCCCCGUGACGUCACACUGCGAGAGUCAGCCGUGCCCCGUGACGUCACACUGCGAGAGUCAGCCGUGCCCCGUAACGUCACACUGCGAGAGUCAGCCGUGCCCCGUGACGUCACACUGCGAGAGCCAGCCGUGCCCCGUGACAUCACACUGCGAGAGUCAGCCGUGCCCCGUGACGUCACACUGCGAGAGUCAGCCGUGCCCCGUGACGUCACACUGCGAGAGCCAGCCGUGCCCCGUGACGUCACACUGCGAGAGCCAGCCGUGCCUCGUGACGUCACACUGCGAGAGCCAGCCGUGCCCCGUGACGUCACACUGCGAGAGCCAGCCGUGCCUUGUGACGUCACACUGCGAGAGCCAGCCGUGCCCCGUGACGUCACUCCGCGAGCCAAGCCCCGUGUUUAGUUUGAACACACACAAACAGGAAAACAUCACACACACACCGGAAACGAAUAACGAUGUCUACUGUUGCGACAUGUGCAGUCAGCAGUUCACGUCGAAACUUACUCUAAUGCGGCAUGUCGAAACACAUUACGCACGAAGACAUAUUUUAGGUGUUAGUGGAGUAAAAAAAUUCAAAUGUAAAGAAUGUAACAAAGAAUUCACUCGUAAAAGUUAUUUAGUUGAUCAUGAAAGAAUCCACAGUGGAAUAAAACCAUACAAAUGUAAAGAUUGUAACAAAGAAUUCACUCGUAAAAGUUAUUUAGUUGAACAUGAAAGAAUCCAUAGUGGAAUAAAACCAUACAAAUGUAAACAUUGUAACAAAGAAUUUACACAAAAAUCUAAUUUAGUUUCCCACGAAAAAAUCCACAGUGAAAUAAAACCAUACCAAUGUAAUGAUUGUAACAAAGCAUUUACUCGUAAAACUCACUUAGUUGAUCACGAAAAAAUUCACAGUGGACUGAAAGCGCACAAAUGUAAAAAAUGUAGCAAAGAAUUUACACAUAAAUACAAUUUAGUUACUCAUGAAGGAAUCCAUGCUGAAAUAAAACCCUACAAAUGUAAAGAAUGUCACAAAGGAUUUAUACAAAAAUGUAAAUUAGUUGUCCAUGAAAGAAUGCAUAGUGGAAUAAAACCUUUCAAAUGUAAAGAAUGUCACAAAGAAUUUAGAGAAAAAUAUAGGUUAGUUGCCCAUGAAAGAAUGCAUAGUGGAAUAAAACUUUUUAAAUGUAAAGAAUGUCACAAAGAAUUUACAGAAAAAUAUAGGUUAGUUGUCCAUGAAAGAAUGCAUAGUGGAAUAAAACCUUACAAAUGUCAAUAUUGUAACAAAGCAUUCACACGAAAAACUGUUUUGGUUGUUCACGAAGUAAUCCACAGUGGAAUAAAAGCUUACAAAUGUAAAUAUUGUAACAAAGCGUUCACACAAAAAGGUUCUUUAGUUGCUCACGAAAUAAUCCAUAGUAGGAUAAAACCAUAAAAAUGUAAAUUGUAUUGUGACAUAGCAUUCAAAAGUAAAAAUUAUUUAGCUGUCGACGAAAGAAAAUAUGUAAAUCCACAAACCUACGGACCAAAGUGACAAGUAAAUGUGAACGAAUGUUGCCACAGUUUGGCCAGUAUCGUUCUCAUCGGUAUUAAAAUUAUUUUUCUACUCCCGUACUGUUAUUCGUGAGUUACA